CCCGCUCGAGCAGACCCCCGGCCGCUCUGCCCGCAGCAGCCGCCCCUGGGCCGCCGCUGAGCGGAGCCCGCCCUGCGCCUCGCCCGCCUGAGGCAGCCCCGGCGCCCUCCCGCUCCGAAACUUUGCAAAGUCUGGCAGCUCCCCGUGGCCGGCCCGGCUUACGGCGGCCGAGGCAGCCGAAGCAGCAGGCGGAGGAGGAGGCGGGGUGCGGGCCAGCCGCCGCCGCCGCAGCAUCAAAGCGCCUCGAUUCCUGCUGCCGUGGGAGCCAUGCGCCGCCGUCUGUAAUGUCAGCGGAACAGGAGAAGGAUCCCAUCGCGCUGAAGAGAGCCCGAGGUGGUGACAGUGGAUUGGAUGGGUUAGGAGGACCAGGAGUACAACUUGGAAGCCCAGAUAAGAAAAAGCGCAAGUCAAAUACACAGGGAUCUUCCUUUCCUCCUCCAUCUGAAUAUGCUCCACCGCCAAAUCCAAGCUCAGACCACCUUGUAGCGGCUAACCCAUUUGAUGAUAACUAUAAUACUGUCUCCUAUAAACCCCUAUCUUCAGGAAGUCCUUAUUUCAGCAAUCCUGGUUACCCUGGUUUUGGAGGUUAUAACACUUUCAGAAUGCCACCUCAUAUGCUGCCCAGAAUGUCCUCGCCAUAUGGUGGUUCUUACACCCUCAGAAACCAGCCACACCCACUUCCUCAGAACCCCGUGGGAAUGGGUUUUAAUCGACCUCAUGCUUUCAACUUUGGUCCACAUGAUAACACAGGUUUUGGAAAUCAGCCAUCUUAUAACAGUGGUCAAAUGAGUCAAAAUAUCAAUAUGCCCAGUCAGUACUUCAGACCAAAUCCUGGUGAGAACUUUGGUCACAUUCCUCCACAAAAUACUAGUCAAAUACCACACCCUGACAUGACAUCUAACUUUGGACCUGCAAGCAAUCCAAAUUUUAAUUCCCAGUUAGAUUCAAACCAUUCUUUUGUUCCACCUCCCAACACCUACAAUCAGACAAAACUAUCAGCACAAAAACAAGACUUCAGUCAAGGUGUAGGCAAAACUUCCAGCCAGAACACUGCUACACAUCAGCAUCACCACAGAACAGAUGACAUCAUGAACCAAGGUAGUGCUGACUUAAAAAACGUUAAUCGAAACAAUGUAGUAAAUCAAGAGAGCAACCAUUCUCAUAAUGCAGAUAACACUAACAGUAGCCAUGCUAAUGGGACUCAGAGCAAGUCCCGUCAGCCUAGGGUUACAGCUGAAGGAUGCAACUCUGAAAAGAGCAGCAAAACAUCUCUCCACCCCAGUCGUCAUGGUCAUUCAUCCUCUGAGCCAGUCUAUCCAUGUGGAAUUUGUACACAUGAAGUUAAUGAUGACCAGGAUGCCAUCUUGUGUGAAGCUUCUUGUCAAAAAUGGUUUCAUCGGAUUUGCACGGGCAUGACUGAGUCAGCUUAUGGCCUCCUCACUGCAGAAGCAUCAGCAGUAUGGGGCUGUGAUACCUGCAUGGCUGAAAAGGAUGUCCAGUUGAUGCGUACUAGGGAGACUGCAGGGCCACCCGCAUUGAAUACUGAUGGAUGACGACAUCUACUGAUGCAGUAUUGAAAUACAUAUACAGAGGUAUAGCUCAUAAUGGUGUACUUCAUUUUCUAUAGACAAUUAAGGUUGGUUUGGUUUUUUUUUUUUGCUUUUAGUCUAACUAUCUUCACACAUGAAAUUCCAUCUGUUUCUGUGUUCUUUGUUUUAUGCCUGUUUAUGUGAGUAUUUAAACUUCGAUUAGAAACACAGACAACAUUUGAAGAUCCAAAAUAUGACUGCUAUUUGUUUGAUCACAAGCAAGUUUUGCAUUAAAAAAUGAAUUACUGGAAUUAUUGAUGUCAGAACAUCUGCCUUGAUGACUACAGGCUGCCAGAUAGUGCUGAGCCUUGAUGGUACUAUAUAUUGGAAACAUUCAUUAUUGUUAUGUUUUAUGAAUGUCCAUUACUGUUUUGCUCAUAUACAGUGCUAUCUGUUCUGUGGAUAGGAGAAAAGGUGGAGGAGGUGACAUGGAGAAAGAGGAGUACUAAUGAAUUUUAUUUUAAGAUGAGCACUAAGGAUUUAAAUUUUUUUUCUCAUUCUCCAUCUGAAACAAUGAAGCAAUGUUGCAUUUGAUUGUUUUAGUAUUUGUGAUGUUUACACUUCAGAAUACAGUGCCUCCUGACUUCUCAGCAAAUAUUUAAUACCCAAGAACUCCAGUGAAGUCUUGCGUUUCUAAAAAUUCAGUAUUUUUACAAUAUAUAUCCUAGAAUUACAUUUAAAAACACAAAAAUAACAUCAAGGUUGCAAAGUCAAGCUCUCAAAAGUUAGGGAAUGCCAGAAUUUGGCCCUUUCUGUGCAUACACAGUAGGAAAUAGUCUUUAAUUUGACAUGAUUGCAUGCUUCCUCCUAGAUGCCAGAGCACCAUCUGGCAGAGCAUUGACAGCACAAGAGAGACCAUCUCCCUGCUCUCAUAUUUACUGAGCUUGGGUGAACUGUGAUUUUUUUUUUCAGUGUCUUGUAAUUUGGCCAAUUUGGGUGAACUUUUAUACGGCUUGGAAAAAUUGUGAUCCACCUGCCAAACUUCAAGUCCCUGUCCAAAGUAUGGAAGUGAUAGAGCUUCUCAAUUUAAAUAAUUCUAAGAUAUAUUUUAACAUGGGCAACACAGCAUAUUUUUCCUAAACUUGUUCUUGGAAACAGCUAAACUGCUGAAUUUUCCAGACACCCGGCAUGAAAAUUCAACCCGAACAGUUAAAAUUUGGCAAAGUUAUAAGCAACUGAAAAUGAGGUUUUAUAAUGAAAGGUGUUGGGCAGCCUUAAUAAUAGGUAGCGCUACUAGAUCUGUCUAUUAUAUUUACCCUUAUGCUAAUGAGUUAUAAUAAUCAUAAAUAAUCAAA